AUGGAAGGUGUUUCCUCUGUCUCGGCCAUCUUCGCAGUAAUUCAGUUCACGGUGCUCUAUGAGCUCAAGGAUCUGCUUUCAAGUCCUCGUGGAGAAAAGCUGCGCUCUUCCUCGCAGCUAUGCAGCCAUAUUAAUGUUUGUUCCGCACGAUUGAAAGACUUGGAAGAUAAAAUCAAUCCCGGAGACCCAGUAGGGAAAGGAAAGCAACUGAUGAAGCGAUUUGGUGUUCGAGCCUUGAAAUGGCCUUUGAAGCGCGCAGAAACGGAUAGCAUCAUUCAAGGCUUAAGAAGAGAUAGGGAAAUAUUUCUUGCUGCUUUGCAAAUUGAUGGGACACGUAUCUUGGUCGUCGUGGAUCAGCGUACAGAGGACAUCGACAAAAAUUUAGACCUUCAUAAGUUACCAUCUGCAUCCGGAGCUGAAUUCAACUCUCAUAUAAAUCAACACGAGGAUGAAUGUCUCCCGGGAACCAGAACCGAGCUUCUUAGGCAAAUCAUGGAGUGGACUACGUCGCCACACGGAAAGUGUAUUUUCUGGCUCCAAGGCCUGGCAGGGACAGGAAAAUCGACAAUCUCGAGAACAGUGGCAAGAUCCUUGAAGAAUGAAAACUUCUUGGGAGCUAGCUUCUUUUUCAGGAGGGGAGAAGAAGACCGAGGGAGCGCCACCAAGCUUUUUACUACAAUUACGAGACGCUUAUUGAUGGGAGUUCCUGGCUUGGUUCCUCAUAUCAGGAAAGCACUUUCUGCUGAACCCGAUAUCGCAGCUAUGUCGCUGAAAGAGCAGUUCGAAAAGCUUCUUCUGCGGCCUCUGUUGAGCUUGAAGUCUGCUCAUGGCCAGAUACAGACUGUCAUCAUCGUGAUUGAUGCCUUGGACGAAUUCGAAGGCGACAAGGACAUUCAACUUAUCCUCCAGCUUCUCCCACAACUGCAGAAGCCAACAGCUAUACGGGUACGAGUCUUUUUGACAAGCAGACCGGAGCUACCAAUUAAUCAAGGGUUUUCGAAGAUUACAGACCAUCAACAUCUGAUUCUUCAGAAUAUACCAGAGGCAGUGACGCAAGGCGACAUAUCGCUAUUUUUUUAUGCCCGUUUUGCAAAGCUGCGAGAUAGUAGAGAUGACCUUCCCUCAGGCUGGCCUGGCAAUGAAAAUAUUCUGGCCUUGACUGCAAUUUCAGUCCCAUUGUUCAUUUCUGCCGCCACCGUGUGCCGAUUCCUUGAACAUGAAAAGUUUGAACCAGCAGUGCGUCUUGAGGCACUACUCAAGGACCAAAGUAAAUAUGCCACAAAGAUGGAGCGGACAUAUCUCCCAAUCCUUGAGCGGCUCCUUGAAGGUGAAGAUGAUGAAGAUUCAACACAACUACUUGAAAAUUUGAAAAACAUAAUUGGCGCUAUAAUUAUUCUUGCUGUUCCUCUUUCGGUCAAUACCUUCUCCCAGCUCCUCAACAUCAGGGUGUGGGCUAUCAAAACUCUACUAAGAUCAUUCCACUCGGUUUUAAACAUACCUACCGACGACGACAUACCGAUUAGGACUCUCCACCUGUCAUUUCGAGAUUGCCUGGUUCUGUCAAAGAGUCCUUUCCGCGUGGAUGAGCAAAAGACACACAAGAAUAUUGUCAAAUCCUGCCUUGCAGCCAUGCGUCAUCCUUCUAAGGGGCUGAAAAAGAAUAUUUGCGAUCUAUCAAAAUUUACAAUCCGAAGGACAGAGGUCGACGCCCAGUCCAUCAAAAAACAUUUAUCAUUGGGGUUUCAAUACGCUUCUCAUUACUGGGUGUAUCACCUAGCUCGUUGCAAAGAGCUGAUCACCGAAGUAGAUGAUGUUCUCGCGUUUCUCCAGACCCAUUUCUUGCACUGGUUUGAAGCAAUGUGCCUUCUGGGUCUUACAUUUGAAGUUGUAGCAAACAUCGAUCUACUGCAGUCGGUAUUACAGUUCUUGCAUGAUGCGAAACGAUUUGCUCUAAAGAUUCGCCAGAUGGCGGACGAGUUUCCUCUUCAAAUCAAUCGAGCAGGACUUAUUUUUGCACCAACAAUGGCUCUGAUUCGGAAGCAAUUUGAAAAAGAUCUCCCAUCUUGGAUACGUGUAUUAUCCAAUAUUCCAGAAAGAUGGAGCGCAGAGCUACAGGCUCUCGAGGGUCAUUCAGGGUGGAUUCAAACUGUGGCUUUCUCGCCGGAUGGUCGUUUGCUAGCGUCUGGCGCUGACGAUGAGACUGUUCGGCUCUGGGAUACGACCACCGGCGUUCUACAAAUGACUCUCGAUCAUGAUGAUUCAGUCAGGUCAGUAGCCUUCUCACAAGACGGUCGAUUACUAGCGUCUGGUUCUACCAGCGGAAUACUUUGGAUCUGGAACACGGCUACGGGAGAUCUGGAACGGACUUUUACAGGCCAUUCGGACCCGAUUUUGUCGGUGGCCUUCUCGUCGGCUGGCCAGCUAGCCUCUUGCUCUAUCGACAGUACGGUACGACUCUGGAACAUGGUCACAGGCACUAUAAAGCAUGUUUUCACAGGCCCCUCGGGUUGGGUUUGCUCGGUGGCCUUCUCCGUAGACGGCCGGCUUGCCUCUUGCUUUGACGACAAUACGGUGCGACUCUGGAACGCGGCUACAGGCGAACUUGAGCGGACUUUUCCGGGUCAUUCGGCAACAAUUACGUCGGUGGGCUUCUUAGCGGAUGGUCGUUUGUUCUCUUGCUCCAACGAUAUGACCGUCCGACUGUGGGAUACGGACACGGGCGAUCUACUGCAGGUGCGAGACUUUCGGGAGGGCCAUUCAGACCCGAUCAAAAUGAGAGUAUCAUUUUCGCAGGAUAGCCAAUUACUCGCUUCUUGGUCCUUUGACCGCCACGUCUGUCUCUGGGAAACCACCACUUGGGCUCUACAACAGAUCCUUGAGGGCCAUUGCGACCAACUUACCUCAGCGGCCUUCUCGCAGGAAGGUCGGCUACUAGCGACCAGCUCCGAUGAUAAAACCGUUCGUCUCUGGGAUACUGCUACAGGCGCUUCUUUACUACGGACACUUAGAGGACAUUCAUCCUGGGUUACUUCGGUGGCCUUUUCGCCAGAUGGUCGCCUACUUGCCUCUGGUUCGGAUGAUGGCAGAAUUAUUCUUUGGAAUGCAGUCACAGGUGUCCAAUCUAGCCCACCAAACAGCAGUCAUGCGGCCCCGGUCAUGUCAGUGGUCUUUUCCCCUGACGGCUCGUUAAUAGCAUCUGGCUCCAAGGAUUCAACUAUCGGUCUUUGGAAUACGGCCACAGGUACUACUCGUCCUCAGCUUUACGGGCAUACCCGCUCAGUUGAGUCGGUGGCCUUCUCGCCGGACGGUCUUCUGAUAGCAUCAGGCUCGAAAGAUGAAACCAUCCGCCUCUGGGAUACAGCCACAGGCAAACUUCGGAAGACUUCAAGGGCUAAUGGAGAAGUCACCGACUUGGAGUUUUGCAAAGAUGGUUCAUGUCUUAGGACAAACCUGGGAUAUUUCGAAAUACCAAGCCUGCGUCAGACAGUUCCUCUCAGUCUUGAUAAACCAGAGGCGAAGACGUUCCUGGUCGAGAAUAUGUGGUUGAGGCUUCCAAACGAACGAGCAAUAUGGCUGCCCGCUGAUUAUCGAGCCGUGUGCUCCGCGGUCAAAGGCAAUACUCUUGCCUUGGGACAUGAAUCAGGAAAGGUCACUUUCAUUGAAUUUCGUCCCUAG